UAUCAACUAUCAACCGUCUUUCUGUUAUUUUUCAGUUCUACUGGCUUCGCCGGCGGGACUCUCGAUUGGCGCCGCAACUUUUUCACUAUCAGCACAUCUCCGGGUUCCAGUUCCCAUACCCCGCCGUCGCCGACGAAUCUCAGUCGAUGGAUCGUUAAGCUGUCUCAGAACCUUCCGCCCAUGGAAUCUCCAUCGCCUCCAUUGGAAAUACUAGGACUCCAUGCCGAUCAUGAGGUCUGCAUUUCCAUUUCCUUCGAUCUUAUCUUGCUUGUACUUGUUCUGGCAGCGCUCAAGAGACCGUUUUAUCUUUUCCUGCAUCAAUUAAAACAGAAAAGCUCGUCUCAACAACUUGUUCCCUAAAUUGAAGGAAAAGAAUCAACCAUGGAGACCAGGAGAGUUGUUGACUUCCAUGAAUUUGACAGCUAAAGCAAGCAGUGCUUAAAAACUGCACUCUAAUAUGAAGAACAAUCAGUCUGGCACUUCCGACGACCUGUAGCGUUCUAGAGAUGCAACCGGUGGAUCGAGAUUUUGCAUCCCAUAUAAGGAGAUGAUUCAUACUACAAACAGAUUAAGACUUGUUCUCAUGAUGAAGAAAGGGUAAUUUAGAACAAAGAGCAGCUUGCUUUCAUGUCUCCCCGGAUCUCUAAUCCCCAACUACUGAUUUCCCAAUUAUUGUAACCGAAUAACAGCUCAAUAAGCAUGUUCCACACCGAUUUAUUUUCAACAAGGGAAGUAACAG